GGGUGGGUGUUCAGUCUCCGACAGUGAGUUACUUACUGCUACAGGAUGGAGGCUCAGAGGGGUUACGUUCACCUCAAAGGGAAGGUGAAACGGGAAGGCAUGAAGUAGUUGUAUGGGUAUGUUAGAAGCCAUCAUAAAUAAAAUAUGUUGAUCUGUAUUUAAAAAAAGCUGGUUGGAAAAAUAAAAGGUGGAAGAUGAGAACCUUGUAAGUUAAAGAGCUUCAUGCUCUUCAGCCAAAACUCUGCUAUUUACAAAUAGGGGCAAACAACAUUCGUUUCCUAGGUGAUUUGACAGGCUUAACCUGGCAGGUAUAAAGCACUUCUCUGAGUAUUAGGUGAUGUUCUCUGGGUAGUGAAAACCUGAAUGCGCUCUAGGUGCCCUUAUCCAAACAUCAUUUGUGCCAGGAUUCGAGUGCUUUCCGGUGAAGUUUUAAGGUCUCAUCUAAAUCAGGGGAUGUAGCUUGGCAUUUGUUCAUUGGACCCCAACAUCCUGUUACCAAAUCAAACUCGGGGCCGCUCGCCGGCGGGCAGUAAGGCCAAUCUAAUGACACCGGGUUGUGGUGAAGGAAAGUGCAGCAUUUAUUGUAAAGAUGCCAAUACAAAGAGGAUGGGUGGCUCGUUUUCUAAAACCCCGACGGUUUUGGGGGGAGUAUUUAAUGGGCAAAAUUUGGGGUGAGGGCUACAGGGCUUGUGACUUUGUUCUGAUUGGCUGGUGGCCAGGUAGCAGGGCGGUGCUCCAGGGAUCUUGCCCUCAGCCUGAAGUUACCAUCCUCCACCUGGGUGGAGGCCUUAGUUCCCGCAGAAGAACUCAGAUAUUGUUGUGUGUAUCCCUUGAGGAAGAACCAGGACCCUGCCCCAAGGCUGCAGUAUUGUUUCUAGGCUGUUCCUCCCUUGUUUCUGCAUCCCCUCCCUUCCCUGAUUAGCAACUGUUUGAACCUGCCCUUUGGAGCUCAGGGAACGUCCAGGAGCCUGAAAGAAACCUGUUUCCUACAAACAAGAAACGGGGGGGCACGGAAAGAAUUUGUACCAGGGAGGACCCCACAGGGUCCUGCUCCGUUUCAACCCUUAUGAUAAGCACCACGGUGGGAGGAGAGGGGCUGUCACGACGUAAUCGCAAAGUCACAGAUCCCAGAGCCUUGCACUUUCAGAUCCCCUAGGACUGGAACCCCGGUAAGCUCUUGUUUUAGAAAAGAGAGUGCCGAGGACUUCCCUGGCGGCCCAGUGCUUAAGACUCCGCGCUUCCACUGCAGGGGCUUCGGGUUCAAUCCUCGGUCCGGGAACUAGGAUCCCGCAUGCCUCGCGGUAGGGCCAAAAAAAGAAAAAGAAAAAGAGUAGGGCGGGGCUAGAAAGCAUUACAAAAGAGCCCGGUGGAUGAGGUUUUUUAAAAAUUUUCAUUCUCGUCACUUCAGUCAUUUUUUCACUAAAGCGGCAUAUUUGAGAACGGAGGCAACAUUAUACCCCGUGGAGUGUGCUCGAAGAGUCGAGGGACCAGGCUGUGGCUCAUCGCCAUGAGCAACAAGGGGGUGGGGGGAGCGCCGGGGGCGGGGUAGUGCCGCAGCCUGUCGGAUGAGUAGCAGGAAACGGCACGCCUGCCAGAACGCAUCAUUUCAACUUUCGUUCUUACUGUAUUAAUUCCCUGAAUGACAGUAACAAGAGGGGGGGGGGAAACCUUCCGAAAUGAAGCAAAAGAGAUCUGAGAAACUAAAUCUGCAGGGGAAAAGGAGACUAAAACCACAGUUUUAGUGAAACAGCCAGCCGUUGGGAGCAGGGAGGCAGAGGGAGGGAAAAAGGCUGGGCUUAAGCAACCUGCUACCGGGAUGUAGACAAAGGCGGUUUGAAAGGCAGAGAACGAGGCGGGAUCAGUAGCUCUAUCAGCAUGGGGAGUGCGCCAGCCGCUGGAUUCCCGGGAUGAAACCGGAUGAAUUCACAGUGUCUCCUUCAGGGCACGAAUUACUGGAGUAUGCACCAAAAUAAGAACUCAGAGAAAAAAGUAAGUUUGGGAGAGGACUUAGAUUUUGACGGUCUUUGAAAUCUCCUCUUGGAGGCAUGCCUUCAUUGAUGCGUUACCUCUUUAUAGUUUCUGUCUCUUGUGUAAUCAUUUUUAUCGUGUUCUAUGUGUUCAAUUUUGGGGGCGAGCAAGGCUUCCAGAGGCUAAAUAACUCGGACACUUUGAUGCUGAGUCAAGUUUGCAUAUCCUUUAUCAGAGGCAAAACACCUUUCCUCUGGAGAAACAAACUCACGAUCUAUGAGACGUCUUCUUGCAAGGAAUACCUGGCUCAAAGCCACUACAUCACGGCCCCGUUAUCUAAAGAAGAAGCAGAAUUUCCUUUGGCAUAUAUCAUGGUCAUCCAUCACAAUUUCGACACCUUUGCAAGGCUCUUCAGAGCUAUUUACAUGCCUCAGAAUAUCUACUGUGUUCACGUGGAUGAGAAAGCGACAGUUGAAUUUAAAGAUGCAGUGGAGCAAUUACUGAGCUGCUUCCCGAAUGCUUUUCUGGCUUCCAAGAUGGAACCCGUGGUCUAUGGUGGGAUCUCCAGGCUCCAGGCUGACCUGCACUGCAUCAAGGAUCUUUCAGCCUUGGAGGUUCCGUGGAAGUACGCCAUCAACACCUGUGGGCAAGAUUUCCCCCUGAAAACCAACAGGGAGAUAGUUCAGUAUCUGAAAGGAUUUAAAGGGAAAAACAUAACCCCAGGGGUGCUGCCUCCAGCUCACGCAAUUGGACGGACUAAAUAUGUCCACCGAGAGCACCUGGGCAAAGAGCUUUCCUAUGUGAUAAGAACCACAGCACUGAAACCGCCUCCUCCCCACAAUCUCACCAUUUACUUCGGUUCUGCCUACGUUGCCCUGUCAAGAGAGUUUACCAACUUUGUUCUCCAUGACCCACGGGCUCUUGACUUGCUCCAGUGGUCCAAAGACACCUUCAGCCCGGAUGAACAUUUCUGGGUGACGCUUAAUAGGAUUCCAGGUAUGUGGGAUUUCCUAUUUCACGUGAAGGCAACGUGCCAUACUUGAAAGGGCUUUUCGAGAGCCAGCUCCUUUUUAUUAGAAGUAGAAGAUGAAAACUGAAAUAUAUAGUUUUCACCUGCAUCCUUUAUAAACUCUAAACAUCUAAAGAAUGAUGUUCUUUAGAAUACAGUAUUCUGACCAAGCCAAAUAAUACCUUUUAGUGGCAUUGCUUUGCAGUUCAUCGUGUUCUUUUGCAUUCAUCAUCUUAUUAAAUCUUUAACCACAAUCGGUAUUAUGGUUCACCAUCCCCACUGGUGUUCUUUCUUUCCCCCAAAUUUGUCACACUUGCUGUAACCCCAGGGCCAUUGCCUUGGCCACUCCCCUGCCUACCCCCAGACCUUCACAGGCUCCCUCUUAUCAGCCAAAGGUCAUCAGCUCAGAGAAGCUGAGCUGACCACCCCACCUUUUUCCUUCAAAGAGUUUAUUAUCAUCUGGAAUAUCCUAUCUGCUUACUUGCAUGGAUUUGUUCUUGGCCUCCUCUGUAUUAGCUCGGUGAAGUUGGGUCAUUUUCUAUCUUGUUAACUGCUGUAUCUUCCAUGAGUAGAACACAUAGCACAUGCUCAAUAAAAAUGAAUGAAUGAAUGAGUGGCAAAGCAUGAGACAUUACUAUGGCACCACAGCUGUCUCCCUAAGACCCCGUGAGCAGAGAAAUACUUAGACUCAUGCAUGUACUAUACCACAGGUGUGAAGUUUUAAAAAUAUAUAUAUUUUAACUUCAGAUAAAUAAUGAGAUUCCAGGAGAAGCUCCUUCCUUUCUCAUCAGAACAGUUCUAUCUGUACUAACGGACCAAAUCAAUUAUUUUUAAAACUAUAUAAAACAUGAUAGGGUUUCUUCUGAAGGAAACAGCGUGCUUUGGACUCAAUGAAAAGUACAAAAUGGAUCUCUGAUGAACUCGACAGCAUUAUUAUAGCAGGAGAAAAGCAAUCAUUGUUCUGGUUUUUGGGGGGUUGCCAAGUUGGAAACACUGGUAGGUGCUCUCAGGCUGCAGGGUGGGGCCUGCUGGGCGAUAAACAUGCCAGCGUUCUCUGGAAAAUACCGUGUUUGGUCUCUGAAUCCCAGGGUGACUGGCCUGGUGAACAGGGCUUGCUCUCGCACUGUGCAAGCUCUCUUUCUUGACCUCCCUCUUCCUAUGGCCAUCUUUUCACCUUUUAUCUGUUGUUUCCAUCAUUGGCAUCUAAUCGGUGAGCACUAGGUAAUUAGAGGCAGAUUUUCAUAUUUAAAUAUUUAUUCCCUUUCUAUUUUCACUAUUCCCUUAGGAUUUAUGAAGAUUCGAUACUAGCCUCGUGGUUCCGUAGGUAUCGUACUAAAAUGAAGGCAGUUCGUAACUUCACCAAAGCCUGAAUUGUCGUUUCUUAAAAAGAGAAAAACGUGGGUUUGUGUUAGUGUUAAAUGUCUGUUUGGUUUGCAGAAGCAUGGUCAGUCUUAUCAAUGUCAAAUCAAUUUAACAAAAUCGAGGAAAAAUAAUCUCUUACCCCCCAUUUUUUUUUCCUUACCCCCUUCUCCUUUCCAGCCCUGGUGAAAUAGAUGAGGCAGGAGACAAGACCAUUUUUGCUGUAGGUUUGUGGGGUGACUCGCUGGCUUCUACCCUCUCUCAGCGACAGUAUCACCCCAUAUAAAUAGCCUCUUGGAAUCUCCAGUCACCCCAGCUACAAACUAAGGGCCCCAGGAGGCAAGAUCCUCUUUGUUCCUACAUAUGCCUUUCUUUGCAGAGGACACAAUACCCAGAACCACAUAAACACCUAGCAGGCAGCUGUUGAGAAUUUGUAGAAAGGCCAAAAUGCCUUUAUUUAUAAAUAAGUAAAGUGAGACUCAAUAGAAAGUAUACUCAUAGAGGUGAGUCUAGACGCCAACAAUCUUGUUGCCCCUUAGCCUUGGCAAAUGCCUUUCAUUACCCCUGUAGGAAAUCGGAGAUGAGAGCUCCGCUGAGAGAACCUCAGUGGUCUGAUUCUGCAAGGGAUGUUUUUCAGAAUAACGUGACAUUUCCUAGGGUCUUGCCUCCUUCCUCUGUUACAUUCCAGAUGGCAUCCUGGUUCAGGGAGCAAGCAGGAAGCUAUCCUGCUUGUAGGUGGGCCCUUCCUGAAUUACAAGUGAUUUAAAGAAAACAAGCCAUCACAUGCUCUAGCCCCAGUGAUGGACCUCCCCACCUUCAAAGGCGAUGCAGAAUUCAGUCACAUGCUCCAGUCCCUCCAGUGGUUUUCCACUUGAGCGCUCUUUGUGAGUUAGGAUUUGGUGCGUGAAUCUGGUUCUUUAUUACCAGACAACCUUUUACCGUAUCACGUCUUCUGUUUUCAGUGUCAUGUUUUAAGGGGAAAAGUCCUUCGGUAAAUACAGCGUAAACAUUUUUGCAAAUGUGCGAGUUCAGAUGGUGCAGUUCCUUGCCUCCCUCAAAGUUCCUUUCUGUUUUUAUCUUAAACAUCCUAAAUUAAAGUGUUUGUGUUAGAAAGACCCUGCACAGUCAUAUCAGGCUCCCUGAAACACCCACAAGAGGACCAAGACCAAGAACCUGAUUGGUACCCUGUUACUAGGUGAUAAUCAGACAACAAAAUGAGAAUAGUUUAAAAUCAGUGAGACUCGGGAAUUCCUUGGCGGUCCAGUGGAUUGGACUCCGUGCCUCCACUGCAGGAGGUGUGGGUUUGAUCCCUGAUUGGGGAAGUGAGAUCCCACAUGCCUUGCUGCACAGCAAAUAAAUAAAUAAAUAGAGACUCAAUAGAAAAUAUACUCAUAGAGGUAAGACUAAAUCACAUAUCUUCACAUGGUUUUUUUUUUUUUUUUUUAUGUUGUCUUUCUAUUGAGAAAAUGACUUCUCUCUUGGUUUUCAACACUUAAGUUUUUUCCAAACUGCAUUAGAUAUAGAAAUGGUGCCGGGCCAUGUCCCUUGGGGGCCCCAGUCUCACAUCCUUCUUCAGGGAAGGCCAGAAAGAGUGGUUAUCAUUCCAUCCUGUGUGGCUGUGUACAGAUGGGUUGUCUAGAUUUCUCCCUUCUGGCCAUAUUCUCAAAGGAAACCCUUCUGGAGCGCAAAUUUCUCUCACUCAUCCUAUAGCGCUUGAGGGUUAGGGUUAGGGUUGGCAUGCGGCUCUGUCAUAUGCACGCUGUACGAAUUCUGGUGCACGCUGAGGUUUUCCAACUUCUCCAGUCUUUGUAAUCACUGCUGUAUGUCACCUUAAGAAAAGCUCCCAUAUUAUUAUUCCCAUAGCAUUUGCUUUGGCCUACCUGCCCCAGGGCGGAGUGCCAGAGACCAUUGAGAUGUUUUGCUUUAAGUCUUGUGGAAUUGUUGAGGAUCUGCAGAAGCCUCUGCUGGUCCAGUUUUUUCACAGUCCACUUCCGUGGCUCACUUGUCUUCUUGUCCCACUUUACGGUGGGUCUGUCUCUAAAGAAAAGGCAAAACUGCUCCAUGCUUUGACUUCAGCUCCGUUUUUCCCCUCGCUGCCUAAGCUUGUUCUUUUGGAUUUUUGCUCAUGUGUUUCUCUGACCUUUCUCAUGCCAUGAGGUUUUUGUUCCAUAAGAAUGUUUUCAUUUGCCUCUUCUUUUUUCCAUUUUGUAUACUUCUUUUUUUUUUUUUUCCGGAGCCCCUUUGUCAAAUAAAUUACCUCAACUUCAGAAAGGACCACAUGAUCACAUUUCCUCAUGUUUCAAUGCUAAAAAUAGCUUGUUUCCUACUUUGAUUUCUUUUGCUUUUUUAACUUUGUGCCUUAUAUGUGGACAUUCUUUGGGCAUGUGUUAUGACUCUUUGAGUUGCAUGUGACAGAAACACAACUCAAAGUUGCUUAAACAGACCCCAGAACUUACUGGGUCAUAGAAUUGAGGUGCCCAAGGAGGGCCUCCGAGUAAAGCUGGAUCAAGGCUUGGAAUGGUAUAUGCGGGACUCUGUCUCUGUGAAGUGACCAACCAUCCCUGUGUGCCCAGGUCUGAGGGGGGUCUUGGGCAUGGGACCUUCCAUGCUAAAGCCAGGGAAGUCCCAGUUUGGUCUGAACUGGUCACUCUAUCUGUCUGUCUGUCUGCCUGUCACUGGGUUGACUUUAUUCAGUUUGGUCCUCCCCACGUAGUGUCAGAGAGGCCCAGAAGUAGCUCCAGCUGCUUGCUUCUCACAGCCGGCACUCCCAAGAGAAAAGAAAGGUUUUUUUUUCCUCAUAGUUCCAGCAACAGCUCAGGGAAGUCGUCAGAUUGGUCCUGCUCAGUCCAAAUCCCUAUCCCUAAACAAACCAGGGGCAGGAAGAAUGCUGACCAGCUUCUCUUGGGUCACUUUUUCACCCUCGAGCUAAAAGUUCAGGGCAGGCUAUGGUGAAGGAUGGUUCUUCGCCCGUGAUGCCUGCCAGACAAAAGCACACGCCCACUGCAAGGUGGUUCCGGGUCCUGCAGGCAGGGGGGUUUCAGUGAGCAUCUCCACCUCGAUUAGAAGGACAAGAUAUAAUGAGGUAUACAGUUUUCAGCACUUGGGCAAUUAUAACUUGGAGAAGACUAAUUAAAUUACCAUUGUGGAAAAGGCAUGAUCUCAAUAAGCAUACUUCUCUU